GAGCCGUUGGUAGGAAAGACAUAAAUGCAGACUUUACUGCGUGAAAAGCGUUAAUGGAGGAGGAGCGCUUCAACGGCAGCAUUCCCUUCCUUCCUUCCGCGGGAAUCCUAUUUUUGGCGAUGGCAGGAUGGAUGGCCACCCAAAUUUCUCUCACACCCUUUCCGGAUUAAACACCUCCUUUUUGUUUCUCUCUCGGGAUUUCGACUCUCCAUUUUCGAUCUAUCUUCUUCUUCUUCCGAGCAUUGCAAAAAAUGUCUUGUUAUUAGGGUUAGGGUUUGAACCUGGUCGGUGGAGCAAUGCCUAGGCUGACGAUUGCGGGCGAUGAUCUAGUCGUGUGUCAAUUGCAUCGGCUCUUUUAGGGAAGAUCGGUUCGGAGUGAGCGAGUGGAGAAGAUUGGGGUAAUUUUUUUCAUUUGGAAGAAUGAGCGCUUCAAGAUUCAUCAAGUGUGUGACGGUGGGUGAUGGUGCGGUUGGGAAGACUUGUCUCUUGAUUUCCUACACCAGCAACACCUUUCCGACGGAUUAUGUUCCUACUGUAUUUGAUAAUUUCAGUGCAAAUGUGGUUGUCAAUGGAGCCACUGUUAACCUUGGCCUGUGGGAUACUGCAGGACAGGAAGACUAUAACAGAUUAAGACCCUUGAGUUAUCGCGGAGCUGAUGUUUUCAUCCUUGCAUUUUCUCUCAUUAGCAAGGCAAGCUACGAAAAUGUUUCCAAGAAGUGGAUUCCUGAAUUGAAUCAUUAUGCCCCUGGUGUACCCAUAGUCCUUGUUGGCACAAAACUUGAUCUUCGGGAUGACAAGCAAUUCAUUGAAGAUCAUCCAGGGGCUGUGCCGAUCACUACAGCUCAGGGCGAGGAACUGCGAAAACUGAUUGAUGCUCCUUCUUACAUCGAAUGCAGUGCAAAAACCCAAGAGAAUGUGAAAGGAGUUUUCGACGCAGCCAUCAAAGUUGUUCUUCAGCCACCAAAGCAAAAGAAGAAGAAAGGAAAAGCCAAGACCUGCUCUAUAUUGUAAUUUCCCUUUAAUCUGUUCGAUUUUCUUAUGUACUUUUUUUGGGGCUUUUUUUUUUUCUUUUUUUUUUUUUUUUUAAGGUUUGAAUUAAAUUUAACCCGCGGAUUUUCCUUGGCGCACAUAGAUUGUCAUCAUACUUUGAUUUCUUGUGCUUAUUAUUCUAUAUCUAAUUUGCCUAGAAUGGAUUCCUCUAUGCAUUUUGAUUCUAAGCUGUAUAAUUUUGCACAUUUGAUUUCUUGCAGAGUUGAUUGUGAUGCUCUUUACUUA